UUUCGAAUUUAAAAAUUUAAAAUGUGGCACUUGAAUGUGGCAUUAUUUUUAUUGUGCGGCGUCGGCUUGAUUGAGGCACGCAGCUACAGCAAUGGAUUGAUCUUCUAUGACCUUGCCACACACACACCUUACUUGCCACCAACGGUGAGCGUGUCCCGUGGCCGCAACUUGGCCAGCGUCAAAUACUCCGAAAAGGGUUCGAUUUGGUCCACGUUCGGACAACCUUGCGUCUGCCGCGGCGUGGCAUGCGGCUGCUGUGCCGGCCUCAAGGUCGAUCAGUACAAGUUCGAUCAGAAGGUUUGUGCGAACAUCACUUUUGUGCCACAGCUGGAGGAGGCACAACUCGAGAUGUAUUUAAACGAGCGACCAUCGUCCAAGUUUGGCAUCUCGCUGCGCAACCCGACGCCCUUCUGCAUACCCGUGAUGAUGGGCGUGCCGAUGGCGAUGUGCGUUCAGCUCACCGACAUCCAAAUGGUGGAGAACAAUCUGAACAUGUGCAUGGACUUUGUGGUCCGGCUGGCGACAACGGAUCUCUUCGAGAUGCAUUUCCAGUGCAUGCGCAUGGGACUGAGCGGGGUUCAGUAUGUGGAUAAGAAUGGCAAGCCAGUGUUGCCCAUUGGAGAGCAGCAGGCGGAGGAUGAGGAAGAGGUGCAGGAGGAAGAGGAGGAGCUGCUGGAUCAAGAUGAACACACUGAUUAUGAUUAUACGGAUGUGGCUGAGUCAGAGAAGCAGCAUGAGCAGGCAGGGGAUGAGAAGGGGGAGGAGGAGAAGGAGCAAGAGCAAGAGCAAGAGCAGCAACAACAGCAAGAGGAACAAGAGCAGCAGCAACAGAAACAGGAGCAACAGCAACAGGAGGAAGAACAACAGCAACAGCAAGAUGCGGAGUUGACAAUGGAGCAAGCUGAGCAACAGAAGAAGAAGCCAGGAGAGCAGCAGGAGCAGCAUCAACAGGAGGAGAAAACAGAGGAACAACAGCAACAGCAGCAAUCGGAGUUGGAGCAGCAAUUUGAACCGGAGCCGUUGCCCAUUGAAAGUGAAAUGUUGAUGGCAGGUGAAGAAGAUGAAGCGGCAACAGAAGACUACGAAGAAGAGGAGGCAACCGAAGCAGAAGAGCUGCAAAUGCAACAGCAGCAACAUCAACAACAACAAGAAUAUCAACAACAAUCCCUGGAGCAACCUCAGCAACAGCAACAGCAAGAGGAACAACAUCAAUCCCAGCAGCAAGCACAACAGCAACAGCAACCAGCAAUGCUCAGUCUUGGUCAGAUUUAUGGCGAUGAGAGCGAGCCAGAGUUCAACGAAAUAAGUGAAACAAUUGCCAAUGAACAAACAGCAGCAGCAACAGCAGCAACAGCAACAGCAGCAACGACAGCAACAACCAAAAAACCCACAGAGCAAAAGGAGGCAACAGAGCAACAACAACUGCAGGAGACAGAAGAGGAGGCGGAGGCGGUGGCAGAUGACGAAGAGGAGGAGGAGGAGGAGGAGAAGGAAAAGGAGGAGGAGCAGUCAAAGACUGAACAGCCAGAGGCGUCGCGUGAAGAGGAAGCAGCAGCAACAACAACAGCUGAAAUAGAAAACGACAUUGACAAUGAGGUGAAUGUGGAUGAUGACGACAAAGUUGAAGCUGCAGCAGAGGAAGCAGCAGCAGCGGCAGCUGAAGACAUUGACAUUAAAACGGAGGCAACUGCUGAACAAGAAGAAGAGGAGGAGCAGGAGGAGGAGGAGUAUGGCGAGGGAACGCAGACGGAGGCAGCAGCAGCAACAACCGAAGAAGAUAACGAUGAUAAUGAUAAUGACAAUGAUUAUGAUGAUGAUGCAGCAGAAGAUAAUAAAGACGAUGACCAGGAGGCGGCAAUUGCCAAUAGCAAUGAAAGUGCUUCGAGGCCCAACAACAGCAGCAGCCAUAGCAACAGCAACAACAGCAGCAGCAGCAGCAACCACAUUAACAGCAGCAACGCUUUAAACAAUGAGCCAAAUCGUCAAGCUGUUGAUGACAUAGCUAAUGAGAUACAACAUCAACUGCAACAACAACAACAGCAACAAGAGGAGCAACAACAACAACAACAACAGCAGCAACAACAACAACAACAACGUUGGCGUCGCUUGCGCUUGCGUCAGCGCAGCUUUGUUUAAUUGCAACAUUGCAACUGCAGCCGAUUGUUAUUAAUUUAUUGUAAUUGUUAAUGAAUUGUUAAAUGCUAAAUGCUUGUUAAUUAAUACUUAUUUAUUGCUAGCAUAGACAAAAAAAUUCAACUCGAAUAAAAAUGUAACAAAUUUUAUAUAAAAAACAAAAAUAAAACAUGCUUUAAA